AUGGCUACCUAUGACUGGUUCUUUACCCCAUCUUAUCAUAGCUCACCAGCCCAACCACCUUUGGAAGAUCCUCAACUUCAAGGUGUCUCACCACCACCACUCCCGGUAGAGGAGCCACCGCAGCAGCCACCGCAGCCACCUCCCGAGCCUCCGGGGCGAAGGAGGAACGCACACAUGUCUGUAAGAGGAGGACCCCGUUUCAGUUCUUCUCGUGGUUCGAGUUCCUAUCCCCCUAUCCCAGAGGACCCCCAGAUGGGUGGACCCUCAAACGUGGCACCGGAGGCUAAUCCUCCGCAAGCUUCUUAUGCACCACCUCAGCCGCCUGUGGGUUUUGAUAACCCAAUUCCAACGUACCCAGGUCCUUCCGGGUACAAUCCUUAUGAGAACCCAUCAGGGUACCCCUCGGACUAUGUAUCUCAAGACCCAUACCUUACGGCUGCGUAG